GUUGUUUAGCUGUUACCUGUAAUUUUUACCUUUUUUGUUAUUACCUGCCUACUUGUUUUUACUAUGACAAAUAUUUUCUAAUUUGAAAUUAAAAAUUCAUUUCCGUGAAGUUAACUUAUUAAAUGUUAAAGUAAUGUAGUGUAAAGCAAAAAUGGCACUUUACGAAGGGAUCGCUCUAAUUCAAGAAAAACAGGCUGUAGUAUUGGAUCUCGGCACGGAUUACACGAAGUUUGGUUUCACAGGGGAAGCUGCGCCGCGAUGCAUCAUUCCCUCAGAGUACUGGUGUGCCGCAGAGCGGAGACACAAGAGAGUUUACGACUACAAAGAUGUAGAGGAGCUGUACGACAACCUUGUACACAUGCUGCAUAUACUGUACUUCAGGCAUGUGCUGGUGAACCCCAAGGAGCGCAAGGUGGUGGUGGUGGAGUCACUGUUCACACCAACACAGUUCAGAGAAACACUUGCUAAAGUGCUCUUCUUGCAUUAUGAGGUGUCGGGCGUGCUGUGGGCGGACAGUCCGCGGCUGUGCGCGCUGACGCUGGGCGCGCCCGUCGUGCUGGUGGUGUCGCUGGGCGCCGAGGAGGCCGAGGCGGUGGCCGUGGUGCACGGCUGCCCCGUGCUGCGCGCCAUGCAGAGCGCGGCGCUGGGCGCGCGCGCCGUGCAGCGCGAGCUGGCGGCGCUGCUGGCGCGCGACCGCGCCGCCGCGCCGCCGCCCGCGCGCGCGCUCGAGGACAUCGCAGUGCGCGCGUGCUUCGUGCCGGGGCGGGCGCGCGCGCAGGCGCUGCGCCAGGGGGCGGAGCCCGCGCGCGGCGCCGCCUACUCGCGCGCCGGCUGCUCGCUGCACGUGAGCGGCGCGGCGCGCGAGCUGGCCGCCGAGCCGCUGUUCGCGCGCGACAACGAGAUGGCGUCGCUGCCCGACAUCAUCCUGCAGUGCAUCGUGCAGUGCCCCAUCGACGCGCGGCGCGCGCUGGCCGAGAACAUCCUCGUGUGCGGCGGCGGCGCCGCGCUGCCCGGCCUGCGCGCGCGCCUGGCGCAGGAGCUGCGCCACCUGGCCGCGCUGCCGCCGUACUGCGAGCGCGUGCGCGCCGACUUCCGCUUCCACUCCGCGCCCGCGCCGCCCAACGCCGUGGCGUGGCUGGGCGGCGCGCUGGCGGGCGCGGCCGACGGCGGCGCGCGCGCGCUGGCGCGGGACGCCUACCUGCGCGCGCCGCGCCUGCGCGACUGGCCCUGCCUGCUGCACACCACGCCGCCCGCGCACCACCACUGGCGGGACGCGCGGGACGCCUAGCGCCUCGAAUAAUAAGCUUCCGAAAGAGUCCCAGUUGAAAAUAAUGUAA